CUAUUAGUGAACCGUCUUCUAUUGAUCGUAUAUUAUUUUAGUCAUUGUAAUUUCUCAUAUUAGACUAACAAAAGCCUGGAUUUUAUCCGGGACUCAAAUCAAUACAUUCCCGAGUUUGGUACGACUACGCAUGCGCAAACAUUAGUUUUGACAGACCGCAAUUCGCGUCUGUACGAAAUCAUAACAGGUAACAUUAAAACAAUAAAAAUGGCACCGGAAAAGGAACUAAAAGAGUCAGAAGAUGUAAUGGAAUCAAUAGAUGAAUUAAAAGAGCGAUUAUCUUCUAUGAAACGUAUGAUGGAAGAAAGGAAAGCAGCCGGUUCUGGAACGAAAGAGCUCUUCCAGGGUCACGCGCCAAGUUUAGAAGGAACUAACAUGAUAGAUGGCGGUUUCCUAAGUUUUGUGUUCGGUGGAUCUCUUGUCGUGAUACUUAGCGUAUCGUUUUAUGCCUUUUAUAACCUAUACCAUGCCGUUUUAAAGAAAUUCCCAUCGCCACAUACGGAAUUGUAAAUUUUAAUAAAACAUUUGAUAAGUUA